UCUUUAAGAUCCAAAAGACCGCUAAGAGUAAGAAUUAGUGGGAAGAGGCAGCCAGCUAGUUCACAACUAAGCAAAGAUCUUACAAUCUUUUGGCUAAACAGUGAUGAGACUAUUAGCAAUCUUACAGUCCUGAAAACGAGUCACUUUUUCACUAUAUAUAUAUCUAACUAACCUGACCCAGAAUUUUCCAUCACUAAAUCUAGUGGAAUAUGGCAUUUCUACAAGAAAGCUUCUUUUGGGUUCUUUUAUUCUCGUGCAUGACAUUAAAGGUUUCUUCACACGUCAGGCAUAGCAGGUAUACGCCUCCAAAUGUUACUCGUUUAACUGAUCUGUUUUCUCCAGUCUCAAUUGGUCAAGGAUUCUCUACGUUCUUUGGAGGAUCAAAUAUUAAGUUGCUCAAUAAUGGGUCUUAUGCCACUCUUGCUCUUGAUAAAUCCUCAGGGUCUGGUUUGGCUUCAAAGAACAAAUAUUAUUAUGGAUUCUUUAGUGCUGCAAUAAAAUUGCCUGCUGGCCUAACCUCUGGAGUUGUAGUGGCAUUCUAUAUGUCUAAUGCAGAUACAUAUCCACACAGCCAUGAUGAGAUAGACAUUGAAUUGCUUGGUCAUGACAAGAGAAAUGACUGGGUACUUCAAACAAAUGUGUAUGCAAAUGGAAGUGUAAGCACAGGAAGAGAAGAAAAAUUCUAUCUUUGGUUUGAUCCAACAGCAGAACACCACCAUUACAGCAUCAUUUGGAAUAGUCACCAUAUAGUGUUUCUAUUGGACAAUGUACCAGUAAGAGAGUUUGUCCACAACAGUGCAUUCCCAUCAGUGUACCCAUCAAAACCAAUGUCAGUUUAUGCAACAAUCUGGGAUGGAUCAGAAUGGGCAACACAUGGAGGAAAAUACCCUGUUAAUUAUAAGUAUGGACCAUUUGCUGUUUCAUUUGCAGAAAUGGAAAUGACUGGUUGCACAUAUAAUCCAUCAGCAGAUGCCUCAGGUUCUUCUUUUUCUUCUUCAUGUUCUAAUAAGGCUGGUCCUUCAAGCUUAGACCCUGUAGAAGGGCAAGAAUUUGCUAAGCUAUCAAAAGAACAAAGUAUGGCUAUGGACUGGGCGAGAAGAAAGCUUAUGUUCUACUCUUACUGUAAUGAUAGAUCAAGAUUCAAGGUCCUGCCACCUGAGUGCAAAUAAAUGUAAUACAGUACACUCUUAAUUAUAAUUAUUAUCAUUUUUCAAUUUCUUGUUUCUGGAGUAUUACUGUCAUUAUUAUUUUUGUUCCCCAGGUAGGAGGAAAUAAAUAUUAUAGCAUCU